GGCACAGGCAAGACAGCUGAGAACUCUUCGACUGGAUUUUGAUCCCUUUUCAAACAUGGACGUUUCUGACUCGAAGAGGAUUGUCCUAUUGGGAAAAACUGGAUCUGGCAAAAGCAGCUUGGCUAAUACCAUAUUUGGAGAGGAGAUCUUCAAGAUAAGCCAUUCGCCCACUUCUGAAACAAGUCUUUCUUGUGGAGAAACCAGGUCUGUUGAUGGCAGGAACCUCACUCUGAUUGACGCUCACAGUGUUUUUGACACAUGUGGCUCUGAAGUCCUACUUAAGGAAGAGAUAGUGAGAUGCAUCACUGAGUGUGCUCCUGGACCUCAUGGUUUUCUCAUUGUUCUUAAAGUUGAGAAAUUCACACAGCAGGAGAAAGAUAUAAUAAAAGAAAUAUGUGAACAGUUCUCCAAAGAUGCUCUGAAAUUUGCUGCUGUAGUCUUCACCUUUGGAGACCAGCUCCCAGACGGAUGGAGAAUUGAGGACUUUGUCCAGCGCAAUGAAGAACUAAGCACUCUGGUGAAAAACUGUGGAGGCAGGUGCCAUGUUGUUGACAAUAAAUACUGGAAGCGUAACACAGGAGACAAUUACAGAAACAAUCAGAUUCAAGUGGCAGAGAUACUGAGAACAAUAGACAAGAUUAGUGAGGCAAAUGGUGGAAUGUACUACACUAAUGAGAUGCUGCAAGCAGUCAAAAAGCACAUAGAGAUAGAGGAGGAAAAAAUUAGACAGUCAACCAAUCAAUCACCAAAGGCAACGAGAGACAGGGCUAAGAGUACUGUGCUUAAUGAAUUAAUGAUAAGGCUAGUGGCUACUGCAACAGGUGCGGUGUUAGGGGCCUUCCUUGGUAUGGCCAAACAUAUUAAAGCCCUCGCUGGUACUCUGGGUCUUUCUGAUGUUCCACUGCCAUCCUCAGAUGCCCACGGCAUGCAAUCAGUUCCUAAAGCCGCUCUAAGUGGAGUUCUACAGGGAGGUUUGAUGGGAUACUCUGCAGCUGCAGAAGCAAAAACUGUAGGGGAUGCAUUUCAGAAAGCCACAAAAGCUGUUUUGGAUAAGAGUGCCAUUUCAAGCUUGGGUGUAAAGAAUGUUAAACAAGAGUAAAACUUCAAAAGUUAAGGGAACCCUGUGAAAAAUGUAUUAUUUUCUAUGUUGAAAUAUGCUGAACAUUGAAAGCAGUGUAAAAGAUUGAGAUUUUAGCUCACAUGAGAUUCAUCUGGCAAUAGAUUUAAUCUGUAUAGAACUUAUUACAGAAACAACCUGUAAAAAUGAUAGGAAAUUCAGCAUUCAGAUGUAAUUUACUUUUUGAUUGCUUAUUUUUGUUUGUUCUAAACACCACCCUGGAAAACUGUUGUAACAUGAACACCUGAAGCCUUUAGGAGGAGCUAAAGGGUAUAUUAGGUUAGUAAUGGAAAGCCCAUAUAGGAAGAAAAAACAAGUUGGCUAAGUUGUUCUCUUGUUUAUGUGUUUAAGAGCUGCACAUAAAUAGCCAACACCUAAAGAUAAUUACACCCAAAUAUACUUAAUGAGUAUUUUGAGAUACACGGGAAAGUAUAUAGCUGUUUUUCAGCUGUCAUUGUCCUAUUUUUGUAGUAGAAUUGCUUUUUGCAGUGUUUUCAUAAAAAAAAAAAAGAUGUGUUUAAAUGUGUUAAUACUUUUGCUAACGUUCUUUAUGGGAAAACAUUUUUUUAAGGCUUUAAAUAUUUUCUUCUUUUAUUAUGCUUUAUAAAAAAUAUGUCCCUUUAUUUUGAUUGUAUCUUGAGUCACUGGUUCAUUUAAUCUCUUAUUAUGCUCCAAUAAUCAAUACCAGAAUGAAUAUUGACUCAAUGACAUGACUCAAUAACAGGGAAUGAGAAAAAAAGAGGCAAAAAAACCCUGAACCUCUACCUUUCAAACAAGUUAUGGAGGCAACAUGGAGAGGACCAUUUAAUUAGUUAAACAGUGAAUCAAUUCAACAAGAAAUGUGUUUGUACGUUAUUUUUUCUUUUCUUCUUGCUGAAGACAAAUGUACAUAAAAAUAAUAAAAGGGAGUAUCCAUGCAAAUGUUGCUAUUUAGAUUUUGUCAAUACAAAUCUCAGAUGAAAAACAAUAUAUAAGAUUUUUGUUUCAAGUUUUAAACUAAUGGAUGCUAUGUUCACAUAUGAGGAUCUUUCUCCCUGAAACUUCUUAUGUCAUUUGCUGUUAAAUGUUUACAAUGUUUUUAUUCUUCAGUUGUUCUGUUUUUUUUUUUUUUUUUUGUUCUACAGUCCUGAAUCU